CAAAUAAACCCUCACCUUCACUCUUCCUCCCACCUCUCUCUCUCAUCCAAAACAUUACUAAAACUAAUUCUCACCACACUCUCUCUCCCUUUCUCUCUCUUUCUCCCUCUCUCUCUCUCUCUCUCUCUCUCUCUAUACUCUCAACACUCACUCUCGUCUCCUCCUUCUUCGUGCCCCUUAUUCUGCAUCAAAGAAAGAGAAGGAAAAAAUCAAAAAAAUAACUCCAUGGAAACUACACCAGAAUUCUUCCAAGGUGGGUACCAAUUCACGCCCGAAAAGCGACACUCCGACACCAAGUCCGCCUCCGCAGCCGACCAUUUCGUCGUCGAGGACCUCCUUGACUUCCCCAGCGACGACGCUGUCGUCGUCGCCAAUGGCGGCACGUUCGACAAUGUCACCGUAACCUCCACCGAGUCCUCCACCGUCACCGUCGUCGACAGCUGCAACUCCUCCAUCUCCGGCUGUGAGCCUCACUUCUCCGGCGACUUGGGUUGCCGGAGCUUUGCCGAUGCUCAAUUCUCUAACGACCUCUGCGUGCCGUAUGAUGAUUUAGCUGAGCUGGAGUGGCUAUCGAAUUUUGUUGAAGAAUCAUUUUCGACCGAGGAUUUGCAGAAGCUACAGAUAAUCUCUGGCAUGAAAGCCCGAACUGAUGAUGAAGCGGCCCGUGAAUUUCAGCCCGAACCAAACCGAGCCAACCCGAUAUUCUGCCCGGAGGUGUCGGUGCCUGGCAAGGCCCGUAGCAAGCGCUCACGCGCCGCCCCAGGCAAUUGGACGUCCCGCCUCUCCGUUCUCUCUCCAACGACAAUAGCAUCACCGACCUCAUCGGAGCUCGACAUUGCAUCGAGUUCGGGAAAAAAGACGGUGAAAGUACCGAUGAAGAAAAAAGAAGGUGGAGACAAUGAGGCCGCCGGGAGCGGCGGUGAUGGGCGACGGUGCCUGCAUUGUGCCACCGAUAAGACACCGCAGUGGCGGACCGGGCCUCUGGGCCCGAAGACGCUUUGUAAUGCCUGUGGGGUUCGGUAUAAGUCGGGUCGGCUCGUGCCGGAGUACAGGCCCGCAGCGAGCCCGACUUUCAUGCUGACAAAGCACUCAAAUUCGCACCGGAAAGUGCUGGAGCUCCGAAGACAGAAGGAGCUUCAGAGAGCCCAUCAACAGCAGCAACAGUUUCUUCAUCAGAGCAUGAGAUUUGAUGUAUCCAACGGUGAAGAUUACUUGAUCCACCAGCAUAUUGGGCCCGACUUUCGGCAUCUGAUCUAGUAUGUGAUGGUCUAGGGUAAUUGGGUGAGAGCUCGAGGUUUAGCAGUGAAUUUUUCAUAAUUUUCUAAUUUCCUAGGGGUAAUGUUGCCUAACGUUGAAUUUUUUUGUAGCUUUUUUAAUUUAUUUCAUUUUAUUUUUUCUCCAAAAUUUUGAUGCAAAAAGAAGAAAGAAAAAGAAAAAGAAAGAAAAAGGGAGGAGUAAAGGUUAGGGGGUGUAGACUCUUUAAUGUCCUCUUGGUUUAUUUGGCCAAAUUCUUGAACUAAAUUUUGCUAAUUUAGCAAAUAUUUUUCUUUCAA